UUGGAGACUAGGCGAGACCUGAGCAAUACUGUAUCCAAGCUGUUUGUUCCUUCUCAGAAGAUGGCUUCCGAUGGCUCCUCUGGCUGCUGUUCUUCUGAGUCCUGUGCAGGGGCAUCAGGCUGUGCAACUGCCUCAUUCUGCCCUUCUAACACAACUUGCCUCCCCAGCGCUUGUGCCGCAGCAUCCAGAUGUCACACCCCGAGCUUCCUCUGCAGGGCUCACCUCCCAGCCGGUUGCCUCUCACCUUGCUACUUGGCUGGCGGUUGUAACAGUCCUUGCCUGGUGGGGAGCUGUGCAUGGUGUGAGGAAGGGACGUUCAACAGUAAUGAGAAAGAGACCAUGCAGUUCCUGAAUGACAGACUGGCCAGCUAUCUGGAGAGGGUGAGAAGCCUGGAAGAGAACAACGCAGAGCUGGAAUGCAGGAUCCGAGAGCAAUGCGAGCCCGAUGCCUCAAUGGUUUGUCCCGAUUAUCAGCGGUACUUCGACACCAUUGAAGAGCUCCAACAAAAGAUAUUGUGCACAAAGGCAGAGAAUUCUAGACUUGCCGUACAGGUGGACAACUGCAAACUGGCUGCUGAUGAUUUUAGGUCAAAGUAUGAGAGCGAACUGUCCCUGCGCCAGCUGGUGGAGAAUGACAUCAGUGGCCUUCGUGGGAUCCUAGGUGAACUGACCCUGUGCAAGUCCGAUCUGGAGGCCCAUGUGGAGUCUCUGAAAGAUGAUCUGCUUUGCCUUAAGAAAGGCCAUGAAGAGGAGGUCAACCUGCUUCGUGAGCAGCUUGGAGAUCGGCUCAGUGUGGAGCUGGACACUGCGCCCACUGUGGAUCUCAACAAGGUCCUGGAUGAGAUGCGAUGUCAAUAUGAGAGGGUCCUGGCAAACAACCGUAGGGAUGCGGAGGAGUGGUUCGCUGCUCAGACAGAAGAGCUGAACCAGCAGCAGAUGUCCAGUGCAGAGCAGCUGCAGGGCUGCCAGACUGAGAUGCUGGAGUUGAAGCGCACGGCCAACACUCUGGAAAUUGAGCUCCAGGCACAGCAAACCCUGACGGAGUCUCUGGAGUGUACUGUGGCGGAAACUGAGGCCCAGUACAGCACACAACUGGCCCAAAUGCAGUGCCUAAUUGACAGUGUGGAGCACCAGCUUGCUGAGAUCCGCUGUGACCUGGAGCGUCAGAACCAGGAGUACCAGGUGCUGCUGGACACCAAGGCCAGGCUGGAGUGUGAGAUCAACACAUACAGGGGCCUGCUGGAGAAAGAGGACAGCAGACUCGCCUGCAAUCCAGGCUCCACAGCGUCCAUGUCAAACAGCGUGUGUGAGCCGUGUUCAGCCUAUGUGAUUUGCACAGUUGAAAACUGCUGUGCAUGACAAUUAAAUCUCCAGCAUGAUGGAUGGAAAUCAAAACUACUCAAGAAAGAAGUGGAGACCUGACCCGGGCUACACUCAACCUGGAAAUGCAGAUCUGUCCCAGAGUCUUGGGACUUCUACCAGGCUCCACCCAGUGCAGAAACAGAACUAUUGGGAUUUCAGAUCCUGAAAAUAUGCACUUAGCAUCCUAGGUCUAUUGAUUGUGGCUUCUGCCUUAAGCUUGCUUUUUGGUAUUCUGGAAGCCCAUAUUCUUGCUAAUCUCCAAGCACAACUUGUCUUGCUUCCUUAGGGUGGUAAAUACAGUUUAGUGGCCAAUGGCCUUGGCUAUAAUGACCAUUUAACAGAAGAGACAUUGUCUAAACCCAUGGCUGUAGUUUGGAUUUGCCUAAACCCAGUCUGAAAAUGUCUUUACUUCUCAAACAGAUUAAACAAUCCAUGAGAAAUGUUGCAUAUCUAAAAAGAUGAAUGUAUGUAUCUUUCACUGAAAUAAAAUAACAUGUAUUUUUAAUUCUAAAUGAACAAGGUUGCCCUAUUUUUAACUUUUGCAUAUUAAAGGAAAAUAUGCAGUGCCAGCCCACAAAUGGCCAAUAUUUAGGGGGACCUUCUCCUUUCCAUUCUUAUAAUUAGUUUUCUACAUAGAGAUAAAUUAUACUUAACAAUGUAUACAGUUUCAUAUUUUUUCACUUAUGUUACCUAAGUACUUUAAUCCCAACUUAAAAGAAAACAUUUUCUGUGUUCGUCAU